CCUUUGUUGUUGGUGCCAGUUGAAUUUUGGCGCCAGAUUAAGCCACAAACCAAAUUUAGCAAAACAAUGGAAGAUGCACAAUUUUCCGAAGAAUUAUUCAGUACGCAGGAUGAAGCCGUCUUUGGAAAAGUAAACUCCUCGCCGGAAGUGGUUUCGGAAAAUCUAGCGGAGGAAAACAGUACACCCUUACCAAUCGAAAACGAAUCCGGCCCCGUUGCAAGUCAAGGACGUGGCUCGGUCGAGAAAGAAACUCCGGAUCUCGUGUUUUCAGAGGAUAUCGAUUUUGGAAACCACAGCGAAAAGGUGGCCGAUGUGCCAGAAAAGUCUGCCGACGAUGAACGAGAAGAGGAACCGGUUGCGAGAAACGAUAUAGAGGAAAAUAUUGCCGAAAGGAAUGAAGCUGCCGAAGUGGAAGAUGCCGGUGUGGCUGAACCUCCCAACGAUGAUAAUGCUGCAAGCACAAAAGUUUUAGCUGCGCCGGAAGAACGAUUGGCCACGUUUCCAUUUGCCCGCAUAAAGCAAAUAAUGAAGCUAGAUCCUGAUGUUGGAAUCGUAACGGCAGAAGCAAUCUUUGUGGUAACCAAAGCGGCCGAACUGUUUCUUCAAACGCUGGCCAAAGAUGCGAGCUCCCAUACACUUACCUCGAAAAAGAAAACGAUGAGUAAAAGGGACGUGGAAGUAGCGAUAGAUAAUGUGGACGCCUUGAUGUUUCUCGAAGGGAUGAUGAAUGUGUAACGUUUUGUGGGAGAGUGAAGGAACUAUUUGUAAGUCAUUUUAUUAUUAAAGAAAGUAUUUUUCAUA